AUGGCCUGCAUCGCCCGCCCAACCUUUUACCCCGCGAGCGCGACGGCGUCGUUCCGUCGAGAUCGGUCCCGCGUCGCUCGCGUCGCCACCCCUACGCGCGCCGCGGCGCAGGCGCGCGACGACCCGCGUGCCGAUGACGUCCAAACCUGCGUGACGAGGAUGAGCAGGCGCGCCGUGGCCGCCGUGGCCGUCGCGGCGGCCGCGCUCCCAGCCCUCCCCGCCCGCGCGGAGGACGUUAAGAUAAUCUCCGAUAAGGAAGGGUUCGGGUCGAAGGCGGCGAAGACCGGGGACCUCCUCCUGGUGAACUACGUCGCGACGAUCGACGGUGGCAAGAUGGUGGACACUACGUUGGGUGGAGAAAAGUACUUCACCAACGGCAUGCAGCAGUCGGUCCAGCCCGCCGCGGCGAGGCCGGUCAUCGUGAAGGUGAACGAUCUCAUCACCCCGGUCCCUGGGCAGCCCAAGGGGUUGAAGAAGGGCGUGGAGGGCAUGCGGGUCGGCGGCGUGAGGACGUUCGAGGUUGCCGAUUGCUUCGGCCCUUCGGCGGUGCGCUCCCCUUACGCGCUCAUCCCCGGCGGUUCCACCGUGACGUACGAGGUGACCGUGCUGAGGCUGAGCGACACCGGGCCGGACGCGCUGUUCAAGGACGUGGCGGGGUGCGGGCUGGGAGGUGCCAACACCAUGGUGAACGGAUGCGAUUCGAUCGUGCCCACAGAGUAG